CCCCGCCCGCUCGGCUCCGGCGCGGCGGCGACGGCGGCGGCGGCGGCGCUUCCGCCUGGCCGGCCUCGGCCCGGUGCGAGCGGCCGCACGAUGUGGCUGGGCCCGGAGGAGGUGCUGGUGGCCAACGCGCUGUGGGUGACGGAGCGGGCCAACCCCUUCUUCGUGCUGCAGCGGCGCCGCGGCCACGGCAAGGGCGGCGGCCUCACGGGUCUUCUCGUGGGCACCCUGGACGUGGUGUUGGACUCCAGUGCCCGCGUGGCCCCUUACCGAAUCCUGCACCAGACUCAGGACUCGCAGAUCUACUGGACAGUGGCAUGUGGUUCUUCCCGCAAAGAGAUCACCAAGCACUGGGAAUGGCUGGAAAGUAACUUACUCCAGACGCUGUCCAUCUUCGACAAUGAGGAGGACAUCACCACCUUCGUCAAGGGCAAGAUCCACGGCAUCAUCGCGGAAGAGAACAAGAACCUGCAGCCCCAGGGAGACGAGGACCCUGGGAAAUUCAAGGAGGCUGAGCUGAAGAUGCGGAAGCAGUUCGGGAUGCCGGAGGGGGAGAAGCUGGUCAACUACUAUUCCUGCAGCUUCUGGAAGGGCCGCGUGCCCCGGCAGGGCUGGCUCUACCUGACCGUCAACCACCUGUGCUUCUACUCGUUCCUACUGGGAAAGGAAGUGAGCCUGGUGGUACAGUGGGUGGACGUCACAAGGCUGGAGAAGAAUGCCACGUUGCUCUUCCCGGAGAGCAUCCGUGUGGACACCCGGGACCAGGAGCUGUUCUUCUCCAUGUUCCUCAACAUCGGCGAGACCUUCAAGCUCAUGGAGCAACUGGCCAACCUGGCCAUGCGGCAGCUGCUGGACAGCGAGGGCUUCCUGGAGGACAAGGCGCUGCCCCGGCCUACCCGGCCACACAGAAACAUCUCGGCUCUGAAGCGAGACCUGGAUGCCCGAGCCAAGAAUGAGUGCUACCGGGCCACCUUCCGCCUGCCCAGGGACGAGCGUCUGGAUGGCCACACGGGCUGUACCCUGUGGACCCCAUUCAACAAGCUGCACAUCCCUGGCCAGAUGUUCAUCUCCAGCAACUACAUCUGCUUCGCCAGCAAAGAGGAAGACGCCUGCCACCUCAUCAUACCCCUGCGGGAGGUGACCAUUGUCGAAAAAGCCGACAGCUCCAGUGUCCUGCCCAGCCCCCUGUCCAUUAGCACCAAGAGCAAAAUGACCUUCCUGUUCGCCAACCUGAAAGACCGCGAUUUCUUAGUUCAGAAGAUCUCUGACUUCCUCCAGAAAAUGCCGUCCAAGCAGCCCGAAGGCAAUGGUGGGGGAAGGAAAGCCAGCACCGCGGACCCAGCCCCGGAGCACUCCCCAGCUCCUGCAGAGGCCUCAGAUCAGCCCGCCAGCCCCACCACAUCCCUGGGGGGCCGCCAGAGCUCCAGUGUGCAGGAGGCCCCGACCGCAUCGCAGGGGCUGCUUAAACUCUUCCAGGGAAACUCGCCCAUGGAGGACCUGGGGGCCAAGGGGGCCAAGGAGAAGAUGAAAGAGGAGUCGUGGAACAUUCACUUCUUUGAAUACGGGCGCGGCGUGUGCAUGUACCGCACGGCCAAAACGCGGGAGCUGGUGCUGAAGGGCAUCCCUGAGAGCCUCCGCGGGGAACUGUGGCUCCUCUUCUCUGGGGCCUGGAACGAGAUGGUGACGCACCCUGGUUACUAUGCUGAGCUGGUGGAGAAGUCCACGGGGAAGUCCAGCCUGGCCACGGAGGAGAUCGAGCGGGACCUCCACCGCUCCAUGCCCGAGCACCCCGCCUUCCAGAACGAGCUGGGCAUCGCUGCCCUCCGGCGGGUGCUGACCGCCUACGCUUUCCGAAACCCCACCAUCGGCUACUGUCAGGCCAUGAACAUCGUCACGUCCGUGCUUCUGCUCUAUGGCAGUGAGGAGGAGGCCUUCUGGCUGCUGGUGGCCCUCUGUGAGCGCAUGCUGCCCGACUACUACAACACCAGGGUGGUGGGGGCCCUGGUGGACCAAGGCAUCUUCGAGGAGCUCACGAGAGACUUCCUGCCACAGCUGUCCGAGAAGAUGCAGGACCUGGGGGUGAUCUCCAGCAUCUCCCUGUCCUGGUUCCUGACCCUCUUCCUCAGUGUCAUGCCCUUCGAGAGCGCUGUGGUCAUCGUUGACUGCUUCUUCUACGAGGGCAUCAAGGUGAUCCUGCAGGUGGCCUUGGCCAUCCUGGAUGCCAACAUGGAGCAGCUGCUGGGCUGCAGCGAUGAGGGCGAGGCCAUGACCGUCCUGGGCAGAUACCUGGAUAACGUGGUCAACAAGCAGAGUGUUUCUCCUCCUAUCCCACACCUCCAUGCCCUGCUGACUAGUGGGGAUGACCCGCCAGCAGAAGUGGACAUCUUCGACCUCCUGAAAGUGUCCUAUGAGAAAUUCAGCAGCCUGAGGGCCGACGACAUCGAACAGAUGCGGUUUAAACAGAGGCUGAAAGUGAUCCAGUCCUUGGAGGACACAGCCAAGCGGAGCGUGGUUCGAGCUAUACCUGGGGACAUUGGUUUCUCAAUUGAAGAGCUGGAGGACCUUUACAUGGUGUUUAAGGCCAAGCACCUGGCAAGUCAGUACUGGGGGGGCAGCCGGCCCACAGCUGUGCGUCGGGACCCCAGCCUGCCCUACCUGGAGCAGUACCGCAUUGACGCAAGCCAGUUCCGAGAGCUCUUCGCCAGCCUGACGCCCUGGGCCUGCGGCGCCCACACGCCAGUCUUGGCCGGGCGCAUGUUCCGGCUCCUGGAUGAAAACAAGGACUCUCUGAUCAACUUCAAGGAGUUUGUGAUGGGGAUGAGUGGGCUGUACCGUGGGGACCUGACAGAGAAGCUCAAGGCACUGUACAAGCUGCAUCUGCCCCCAGGCGGCGGGGCACGCCAUGUGGGGAGCCGGGCCUGCCCUCACUCACCUUUCCCUCUGAGCACAGCCCUGAGCCCGGAGGAGGCCGAGUCAGCCCUGGAAGCAACCCACUACUUCACCGAGGACAGCUCCUCAGAAGCAUCUCCUCUGGCCUCAGAUCUGGACCUUUUCCUGCCCUGGGAGGCUCAAGAAACACUACGGCAGGAAGAGCAAGAGGGAGGCGGAAAUGACGACGGCCAAGAAAAAAGAGAGGAGAAGGGGACCAGCCCUCCUGACUAUCGGCACUACCUUCGCAUGUGGGCCAAAGAGAAAGAGGUUCAGAAGGAGACGAUUAAGGAUCUUCCCAAAAUGAACCAGGAGCAGUUCAUUGAGCUGUGCAAGACGCUGUACAAUAUGUUCAGCGAGGACCCCAUGGAGCAGGACUUGUAUCACGCCAUCGCCACGGUGGCCAGCCUGCUGCUCCGCAUCGGCGAGGUGGGGAAGAAGUUUUCCGCCCAGCCAGGCAGGAAGCCCAGGGAUGGUGCCCCCGAGGAUGACGAGCCACCAGCCCCUGACCCCGCACAGGACCCAGCCCCGGAGCUUCAGCCUCCAGCUGCCGGUGACCCCCAGGCCAGAGCGGGGGGAGACACCCCCCUCGGGAAAGCGCCCCAGGAGAGCCAGGUGGUGGGUGACGGGGGCAGUGGCGAGGGCCGGGGCUCCCCCUCGCAGCUGCUGUCCGAUGAUGAAACCAAAGACGACAUGUCCAUGUCCUCCUACUCGGUGGUCAGCACAGGCUCCCUGCAGUGCGAGGACCUGGCUGACGACACGGUGCUGGUGGGCGCGGAGGCCCGCAGCCCCCCGGCCCCCACCCGCGGUGGGGGCACCGUCGACACAGACUGGUGCAUCUCCUUCGAGCAGAUCUUGGCCUCCAUCCUGACAGAAUCCGUUCUGGUGAACUUCUUUGAGAAGAGGGUGGACAUUGGGCUCAAGAUCAAGGACCAAAAGAAGGUGGAGAGACAAUUCAGCACGUCCAGUGACCUCGAACAGUCUGGAGUUUCAGGCUGACGGGGACCUGGCCUGUCUCUCCUACUCGCCCCCUCCUCCCUCCUGUUCUGUUUUCUCCCUCAGGACGCACCCCUCCUGUUCUCCCCAGAUGCAGUGAGUUGUAAAUGGAAAAAAAGGCUGAACAGCCCCAGUUGGGCCCAGACAGAGGCUCCCAGCCCCCUCUUCCUGCCUGCCUGGUGGGACCCGCCUCGGUCCCUGUGUCCUGUCAGAGGCUGUCCGUCCUGGCCUGCUUGCCCAAUGCCUCUGUGCCCCGUUCAGUGGCUAGGCCACACGGCACCUUCCACUCUGGCGCGGGUGGGGGGGGGGGGGCGGUCCUGCAGCUGAGCACUCCAGGGGGCUUUCCUGCCAUUUGGCACCAGGCAGGGGAUCCCGUUGGGCAUCAGGGUGCUCCCUAGGAGCCCCUGAGCCCCUGGCUGAGGGACACGGGCACAAAGUGUCUAGUGCAUCGGGGCGGAUGCCGUGCGGGCGUUACUCUAAAUGCUCUUUCAGCUCGUCAGCCUCACCAUUAACCUUAAAAGCACAUCCCUCAGGUCCUGAUAGAUUUCCUUAUAUUCAUUUCAGUUGGCUGAAAAUCACACUGUGCUCAAUGCCUUAAUAAACCCCCGAAAGAAAUCAAUACCAUACUGUGUACAGAGCCUUAAUGUGGCCUCAGCUACUGCUUGGGCUUCUGGCUUCUUCCCAGGCAGGUGGGGGCCCAGGCCAUGUUCUGGAGGUUCUGGGCACUUAGACCCCCACAGGGGUGGGGGUUCAGGUCCCCAGGGAGAAUGAGGGCACAGAAAGUACUGAUGCAGGCCCAGUAGGGCUUGAGCUGACCUCUGCCGAGGGAGAGUCCCAAGUACCUCAGGCACAAACAGCCUGGGUCCAGUGGGUGCAGGUGUUGGCCUGGGCUUGGGCUGCAGCAAGCACUUGGGCUCAGCAAGUUGCUGUGGGGCCACAGGUGACAGGCUGAGCCAUGAGCACCCCCUAGCUUUGUAGCAAGAGCUGAUCAUCAGUGUCUAGCGUUCACCCCUCUCCCCACCGCUAUCACGUGGGGCAUCUCUUCUACUGAAAGAUAAAUCUGAGGGGCGCCUGGGUGGCUCAGUUGGUUAAGCGUCUUCCUUCGGCUCAGGUCAUGAUCCCAGGGUCCUGGGAUCAAGCCCCACUUCGGGCUCCUUGCUCGACGGGGAGCCUGCUUCUCCCUCUACCUGCAGUUCCCCCUGCUCACACGCUCUCUCUCUGACAAAUAAAUAAAUAAAAUCUUAAAAAAAAAAAAAAGGUACAUCUGGGGCUGGGGGUUUUUUCCUCUUUUUUUUUUUUUUUUUUUUGUAAGUAGGCUCCCUGCCCAGCCUGGAGCCCAGUGUAGGGCUUGAACUCACGACCCUGCGAUCAAGACCCUAGCUGAGAUCAAAAGACAGAUGCUUAACCAACUGAGCCACCCAGGUGCCCCUGUUUUUGUUUUUGUUUUUUAAUUUAAUAGCUUUAUUGAGGCAUUAUUUACAUGCCGUAAAAUUCACUCGUUUUGAGUUAUAAUUCAAUGAUUUUGAGUAAAUUUACAGAAUUGAGCAACUAUCACCACAAUGCAAUUUUAGAAAACUUCUAUCACCCUCCUCCCCACGUGCAGCCAAUCGCUGUUCCCACCCCCAGCCCCAAGCAACCGCUAAUCUACUUUCUAUCUAUAGGUUUUGUGGCUGGUUUUUUAAAUAACGGUCUCCAUGAUUUUACCUUGUUCACAACUGCUGGGUCCCAUCUCAAUAAAUGCAGCAAAACAACAUCAAGGAAACUGAAUAACUGCUUUCUUAACAACAACAAAAUGUCGUUAAUCAAUGUAAUUUCAUUCCUAGUAUUUACACAAACUGACUACAUGCUUUGCCAUAAAGUAAUUUCAAAGGGUUCGUAUCAGAAAGACCAUAUUCUUGGCCAUAAUGAAAUUAAGUAAAGAUAUACAUAAAAAUCCCACAAAGUUGGCAGUUUUAAGUCUUAAAUCAUAAUCAAUUAGAUUUAAAUAAUGUGAAAUUUGGAUAAGUAUUUUACAUAUCAUGUAGAAGUCUAAAUGUAAGAAUAUGCCAAAGAAAUUAAACAGAAGAAUAUAAAACAGGAAUCUAGCCUUUCAUAUGAUAAAAUAAUAUACAAAAAUGUACAACAGUACUUUCAUCUAUUAAUCAUUCAACCUGCAAUGACAUUCAAAAUAACCAGAACAGUAACACUAAAAAAUAGGAUAAUACAAGUAAAGCUUUAAAAAUACUUCUCUUCUGUAAGUAAACGUAAUAUUUUAAAACUGCUUACCAAGUGAUGUUAUGCCAAACCAAGUCAAUUUUAUAAUUCCCAAGAAAAGUAUAUGAAUUUUUAAAGAUUACAUAUUUAUUAUAGAAAGGGAAAAAUACAGAAAAGUAGAAAAACAAUUUUCCCAGUAUUUAAGAUUACUCAGUAUUUUUGUGUUUAUUUUUUUGUUUUUUUGGGUUACAGUAAGCGACCAUCUUUUUCAAACCUGAACCCAUACCACAUACGAAAAAAUUUUAAGAUUUUAGAGAGAGUGCAUGCACAUGGGGGGGAGGGGCAGAGGGAGCAGGAGAGAAAGAAUCUCAAGCGGACUCUGUGCUCUCGCUGGAUCUCACAACCCCGAAGAUCAUGACCUGAGCCGAAAUCAAGAAUCAUAGCUUCACUGCUUCACCAACUGAGUCAUCCAGGUGCCCCAUGAAAUUUUUAUUCUGCUCUUCAUUAAGCAUAAAACAUUCUUUUCAGAUGCCUUCUUCUUUCAGCCACAAUAACUCGAACACGUGAAAAUAAAGACCACCCAAAUGAGAACAGGGACUAUAUAUCUAGAGCUUGCUAUAGAAAAGGAGUCAGCCAUCAUUCCUUGCAUUUGGCAGAGACUCAAAGGUAGAGGAGUGGGAAAGCCUUAGCGUGAAAACAAGGGAAGGCUUAAGGUGUGCUCUGAUUAGAGGCUGUUGGCCUGGAAGUGGAUGUUGGCUACCUUAAAAGGGUGUCUUUUUUGUUGGUGUGAGGAGGGUAAUUGGCUUUCUCUGGUUGGUCCUGAGAUGAAGAGGGAAGUGCAGAAUAUAGGGAAAUGGGCAGUUAUUGACCAAGUCCUGUCUGCUCUAGAGGUUGUAGGUUGGCUUGGGGGGCGUUCGGCAUUGCUUGCUAUAAAGGUUGUCAUAUGUGGUCUGGCCACAGUCCGUUUGUAAAUCCAUCCUCUCAUUUUUUUUUAAGAUUUUAUUUAUUUAUUUGAGAGAACCACAAGAAAGCGAUUACGGGGCGGCGGGGGUGGGGGAGAGACGGAGAAUGGGGGCUGGAUCUUAGGACCCCAGGAUCAUGAUCUGAGCAGACGUCAGUUGCUUAACCGACUGAGCCACCCAGGAGCCAGCCCCUCAAACAAUUUUUUAAACUAAUUUGUUUUUUUCUCAUAUAGGCUACUGUGCAAAAUUUGGAAAAUAUAAACAAUUUUAAAUCCUCUAUAACCGUAAACCCUCCACCCCGCUCCUGGAAAUAAAUAAUGCCUGGUUUUACCUAACUCAAA